CUCGGUGUAUGCUGAAAUUUGUUCCUGUCAAAAAACAUCAAACCUCAAAAACCACCACUUUGUCAUUCUUACAAAAUUCUGCCAACAAGAAGUGCAGGUUGUGUAAUCCCUCACAUCUUUUUCUCUGUCUCUGAAACCACACCAAACUGCACCCACAAUGACCAGCAUUUAAACCUCUGAGGUUGAGUGAGUUUGAUUUCUGUCUGUCUGAGAUAACGUGAAUACGGUCACUGAUAAUUCUGAUAAAAUAAUGGAGGAAGAACUGAACUAUGUAGCAGUGACUUUCAAGCCAAAUGGUAUUUGUACACAUGAGAAACCAAACGACCUGGAAAUAAUCUAUGAUGAGGUGAAGACGUGGGAGGAGAAGGCAUUGGAUUCAAAUCCUGCCAUAUCAGAAAAUGAAAAGAAAACUCCACUGUGCACCCUGCUUCAUCUGCUGGCAGCAGGUUUGGGGAUUAUUUGUGUCAUCUUGGUGUUUGCCAUCAUCACAGUCAGUAUCCACUUCAACACAGUCAUGUCAGAGCAGCACAGAGAAAACAUCAACUUAACAGCACAAACUCGACAGCUGUGGACAGAAAAGACUGACUUAAAGAGACAGACAGAAGAGCUGACCAGAGAGAGAGACGGACUCAACUGGACCGUCGAAGUGAUCAUGGAAUAUCAGCUCUUCCCGGUGAAGACACACUGCCCACAGAAAGUGUGUAGACCUUGUCUGGAAGGCUGGGUGCUGUUUCAGACGAACUGUUACCUGUUUUCAACAUCUGUUAAUUACUACGACUGGAGGGCUUGGCAGGGAAGCCGCGACGAAUGCAAACGUAUGCAGGCAGAUCUGGUGGUGAUUGAAAGCCAGGAGGAACAGGAAUUCAUCAGUAACCACACAAAAUACUACAAUGAUCCAUUGCAUGGCUAUUGGAUCGGCUUGAGCAGGAUGGACACGUGGGCGUGGAUAGAUGGAAGCAACUUCACUCUGAUGUACUGGAAAACACAACAACCUGACUACGAAGUAUCAUGUGCUCUAAGUCUGCCACAAGCAGAUCCUCUGGCCAACUGGCACAAAGCGACCUGUGGCAUGAGGAACCGCUGGAUCUGUGAAACACGAGCUUUGAUCAAACCGGAUUAGGAAUCAGAUGCAUUAUUCAAAUAGGUUACUUAAAAAUUUGUUUUUGUCAAAACUGAUAUAUGCUGUUUUUGCUGUUUUAAAAGUUAAGCACAUUUGUUGUUGUUUUCUAAUUCAAUGCAAGUAUCCAUUUAAAACAAAGUUGCAGAGAACUCACCUAUGAGCUAUACAGUAUAGAGCAUGAUUGAAUGUACUAAAGAGAUAAGAAUAAAAACUAUCCAUCACCUAUCUACUUUGUGCUGUUAAAUGUUAUAA